AUGGUUUCAAACGGUACCGCUCCCAGCAAUGGCGGCUCGAGACCCGACAUCGUUCUAUACACCAACCACGGAUGUCCAUGGGCGCACCGAGCCCACAUCGCUUUGAGAGAGCUUGGUCUUGCCUACAGGGAAGAGAUCAUUGAUCUAGACAAGCCCCGUGAACCCUGGUACUUGAAGGUCAACCCACGCGGCCUCGUCCCUAGCAUCAGAUACGACGGCCACAUCGUCACCGAGUCGGCUGUUGUCACGCAGUUUUUGGCCGACGCCCACCCAGCCCAUCUCCUUCCUUCGACGACGUCCGUGUCCAGCGCCCUGUUCCGGGCCCGAGUCGCCUUCUUCGUCGAUGCAUUCAUCUCCAAAGUCUUGCCGCACAUUUUCGCCUCCCAGCGCGCCCAGGACGAUUCCGACAGGGACGCCGCUGGGGAAGAGCUAGUCCGCGCUGUCGUCAAGGAAGUAGAGCCCCUGUUCACCUGGGAUACUGGGAAAGGGCCGUUCUUUGGAGGCACCAACCAUUUGACUCUCGCCGAGGUCCAAACCGGCCCCUUCCUCAUUCGGCUUUUGUCGUUCAUCAAGCCCGAGUACGCACUCCUGAGCCCGAAGAUCGGCCCUCUGCUUGAUGAACGGGCGCCCAAGUUCAAGGCCUGGGCCUCCCGGGUCGUGCAGCAACCCAGCGUGACAUAUGUCUUUGAUGAGAAGGCCGUUGCCGAGAGGACAAAGGCGAGAUUUGCAAAGCUGGCCGCCGAGAAGAAGCUGUAG